CGGUUUCUGUUUGCCGGCUGGAAGCGCGUGCCUUCGUCCGGGGACCUGGCUAUGGCGCUGCAGCUGUCCCGGGAGCAGGGCAUCACCCUGCGCGGGAGCGCCGAGAUCGUUGCCGAGUUCUUCUCGUUUGGCAUCAACAGCAUUUUAUAUCAGCGUGGCAUAUAUCCAUCUGAAACUUUUACUCGUGUGCAGAAAUACGGACUCACUUUGCUUGUAACUACUGAUCUUGAGCUCAAAAAAUACCUAAAUAAUGUGGUGGAACAGCUAAAAGAUUGGUUGUACAAGUGUUCGGUUCAGAAACUGGUUGUAGUUAUCUCAAAUAUUGAAAGUGGUGAGGUCCUUGAAAGAUGGCAGUUUGAUAUUGAGUGUGACAAGACUGCAAAAGACGAUAGUGCACCCAGAGAAAAGUCUCAGAAGGCUAUCCAGGAUGAAAUCCGUUCAGUGAUCAGACAGAUCACAGCUACAGUGACAUUUCUGCCACUAUUGGAAGUUUCUUGUUCAUUUGAUCUGCUGAUCUAUACAGACAAAGAUUUGGUUGUACCUGAAAAAUGGGAAGAGUCUGGACCCCAGUUCAUUACCAAUUCUGAGGAAGUCCGCCUUCGCUCAUUUACCACUACAAUCCACAAAGUAAAUAGCAUGGUGGCCUACAAAAUUCCUGUCAGUGACUGAGGAUGAGAUGAGGCAGAUCAUAUAGUAUGUAAUUUUUAAAUGUGGUUUUCCUGAAACCAGAUCAACUAUAUAUAGUUGAAUGUUUCAUUUCAUUAGUUGUUAAACGAGGAAAACCGUUGUACUUUACUGAACUGUGUGUGAUUGUCCCAUUUUGGGGGUACCUUUUGAUUUAACCAUAGGAUUGACAUAGUUUAUUGCACAGUGUUCA